UGCAGCUCAUCAAGAUUCCUUCUUCCACAAAUCUUCAGAACAACACAAGAACUCAAUCCACACCGCCACACAUUUGAAAAGUUGUAGCCCGAUGUGAAGUCUCCGGCGUCGAAAUAGUAUUUUUACCCCCCUUUUUCUGUUCCUCUUAUUUCAUUGCAGUAAUCAUAAAAACAUUUGGCCUCCUGCGACUUUAUUUUCGUUUGAGUCACAAUGUUGCUGGAACAUCCAGGAUCAAGUUGUCAAAACGCUGGAAAUUUCUCCAGAUACAGCUCGAGUCAAGAUAUUCCUGUGUGUGCGGGAUGUAACCAGCACAUAGCGGACCGUUUCAUCCUGAAGGUUUUGGAUCGACACUGGCACAGCAAAUGUCUGAAAUGCAGCGACUGUCAGUCACAGCUGGCCGAAAAAUGCUUCAGUCGAGGCGACAGUGUCUACUGCAAAGAUGACUUCUUCAAGAGAUUCGGGACCAAGUGCGCCGCGUGUCAGCAGGGUAUUCCGCCGACACAGGUGGUUCGGAGGGCGCAGGACUUCGUGUAUCACCUGCACUGCUUUGCGUGUAUCGUGUGUAAAAGGCAGCUGGCCACAGGUGACGAGUAUUACCUGAUGGAGGACAGUCGACUGGUGUGUAAAGCCGAUUAUGAGACCGCCAAACAGAGAGAAGCGGAUUCGACUGCAAAAAGACCCCGCACGACAAUCACCGCCAAACAGCUGGAGACGCUGAAGAACGCGUAUAAUAAUUCACCGAAACCCGCGCGACAUGUCCGGGAGCAGCUGUCGUCAGAGACCGGCCUCGACAUGCGGGUGGUGCAGGUCUGGUUUCAAAACAGAAGAGCAAAGGAGAAGAGGUUGAAGAAGGAUGCUGGCAGACAGAGAUGGGGUCAGUAUUUCAGGAACAUGAAGAGGUCACGCGGGAGCUCUAAAUCAGAUAAAGACAGCACUCAAGAGGAGGGCAUGGACAGUGAUGCAGAGGUUUCAUUCACAGAUGAGCCCAUGUCCGAGCUCGGUCACUCCAACGGCAUUUACAGCAGUCUGAGCGAGAGCUCUCCAGCUCUGAGUCGACAGGGUGGAGGUCAUGCAUCAUUCCCUUUGGAGCAUGGCAGUAUGCUGCCCUCGCAGGAGCCAUACCAUGACAUCAAAGCCAGCAGUCCGUACAGCCUUCCGCAGUCUCCAGGAUCACUACAGGCUCUUCCACGAAACCAGCAGCUCAUCUCCAGUCUGGUCUACCCAGAGUCAGGCCUGCCCAUGGUGGGUCAGAGCGGAGGGCCAAAUAUGACAGCAGGAGUUCGGAUGAUGGGCGGUGGGAAUGGUCCGAGCUCUGAUUUAUCCACGGGAAGCAGCAGUGGGUACCCAGACUUCCCUGCGAGCCCAUCAUCCUGGUUGGAUGAAGUGGACCAUGCCCAGUUCUGAUAUCUUUGAAGAUUUGGAGAGAGACCAAAAAUUUGGACAGGGAUUAUACAGUGGAUACCUGACGUUUAAACCUUGAUUCUUCACUUUUGGUCUGUUCAAUCAUUUUUUUAUUUUUAUUAUGUCAUUGGCAUUGAGAGAAGAGUUAGGUCCAUCGCUAAGUAAUUUUCAAAUUUCUCAAGCUAAAAAGUCUCGCUAAGGUUUUUGACUUCUGUUCGGCUGUACAAGGACAACAGCAUUAAGAAGAGGUUUAACCUGACAUCUUUCCCAAACACACACCUUACAGCAACAUCUCUCUACCAUAACAAAAUUAUACAGCAUCGACAGUCUAAAGACAGUACGCACAAUUGAAAAAUUUGACUCCGUCCACUAAGAAGAUGCCCCAAUCAUCAUCCAUCGUUGCUGUUAUUGAUGUAUAAAUGUGAUGUCACCAGUUUUGUUCAAAAUGUCUGGUCAUUGCCAAAUGUCUAUAUACAUUAUAUUUAUCAAUGUGGAGUCUUUAUUUUUAUACGACCUCCUUGGACAAUAUGAGAUACGCAGAUACAUUAGGACUUUGUGUAUGUUUCACAACAGGGAUAGACAAGUUGUAGUUGUUGUCUCUUGCUAUUCAAUAGGAGUACUUCUAUGCAUUUAUGUGUUUUCAGAUGUAUCUUUUUAAUUUCCAGCUAUUGCUCUGUUGGAAACAUCUGGCCGAGAGGGGCCACGGCUCCUGUAUGUGUUUGUUUACGUGUAAAAAAUGUUAUGUCUUAUUUAUUCUUUCUGAUGAUGAU